CGGAGGUGCGAGCUGUAAUGAGAUUGGAAAAGUGCAUUUAUCUAUUUACUGGCUUCCCACUCCGUGUCAUGGAUUCGUAGGCGACAGCUGCAUAGUUUAGUCCGGCGAUUAGAUUUUAGAUAUUAAACCAAUUUUAGGGACGGAUUUAUUUAUUUUCUUAAUCGGCGGAUUUUCUUUUUGGAUUUGAGAAGAUGGUUAUUCGUGUGUUCAUCGCCUCCUCCUCUGCCUCUAUUGCGAUCAAGAAGCGACAACAAGAUGUGGUGGGAUUCUUGGAGUCUAACAAGAUUGAAUUUGAAGAGAUUGAUAUAACAAUGUUGGAAGACCAGAGACUGUGGAUGUACCACAACAUCCCUCAAGAGAAGCAGCCUGCUAAAGGAAACCCACUCCCACCUCAGAUAUUCAACAAUGAUGCAUAUUGUGGAGAUUAUGAUGCGUUCUUUGAAUCGAAGGAAAACAAUACAGUCGCCACGUUUUUUGGUUUGAAACCAAAAUCUACAUCACAGGAUUCUGAAGCAUAGUUCCUUGAAGACCCGCCUGUAUCCCAAAUGGUUUGCCUUGUGUAGAGCUGGCUCUAAGCUUGGCUACUCAUUAUCAGAACACUUCAGCAGAAUAAAUGCCUCAUGUUAUGUCGUUGACCCUCGCUUCAUAUCCCAGCUUAUCACAAUAAAACCUCUUUGCUGUAAUGGUAUUAGAAGGAAAGUAUCAUUGAUCAUGUCAACUCUACACAAAACUGUCAAGUUCUUCGAUAAACUGGAUGGAUCCCGUUUGCUGCUUGCCAUCUUGCCUUAGUAAAUCGUGGUUCAUUUGAGCAGUGUUGUAUCUGUGUUCUGCCUUCACCAACACCAAAAUUGCUCCUCAAAUAUUAAAGGGACAAACUCAAGGUUAAUGUCAGUCAUGUAAUGCUUAAACGAGGACAAUCUCCUAUGUAUGCCAUACAUAUAACCAUAAGUGGUGAUUAACAGAAGAAUAGAAAGAGUUGUAUGGAUGAAUCUCUACAGAAGGGGUCUGGUGCAAAAAACAGGCUGCUGGAGGAACUCGGUGAAUCUUGCAGCAUCUGUGAAGGCAAAGGGGUAGUCGACGUUUCGGGUCAUGACCCUGCAUCACUACUCCAAGACCCUGCAUCAGUCCUGAUAAAGAGUCUAGACCGGAAACGUUGACUAUCACUUUGCCUCCGCAGAUGCUGCCUGACCCACUGAGUUCCUCCAGCAGUUUGUUUCUUUUCUCUGAAGGGGUCUGGUGUUCAAUGUGUCUUUAUGAAAAUACUUUACACUAAAAGCUGAAAGGUUUUGAGGAACUGCUGCUGUUAUUUCCAUCUCUACUGUGCAGAAAACAUGCUGAGAUCAUUGCUGGAGCAAUGCCAGUAAAUGCCUGCUGCAGUAUUGUAAUGCUAGCAAAGGCAUAAUACUAAGUCACGUGACUGGUAUGAAAGUAUUAAAAGCUUUUUGUUUUUGCUGAGAUAUUGAUUUGCCAAGUAUUUGUUAUUGUGUUUUGUAUUUAUUAUCUUUCAUGGGUCCAUACCAUGAGCUAUUAAUUGUGCUGCCCAGAAUUUCUGUCAACAGCAUCAUAUUUAAUGCAGACGGAGUAUUAUACAUCUUGCAGCAGUAGACCCAUCGUCUUAGUAAUUACAUCUCUUUUUCUGGUUGUACUCUUUAAAGUUGUAUAAUGACCUCACAAAUAUCAUGGGUGUAAAGCAGGAGGAGGGAUAUUUGGCAAAGUGACAUCAUGUGGAACUAUAAUUUAAAAGUCUCAUUGAAGAGCACUGUCCUCUACUAAAUAUGUUUACAGGACCAUAAAACUAGAAUCCUCAAGAACCAUGUCAGUCAUAUUUUAUGGGAAAAAUGUAUUUUUGGGAAAAAUAUAGUCUUUGGGGGAAAAAAAACAGAGCACAAUAAGCAAAAUGUAGGAUGGGUUAAAAUUAUUCUGCCCAGUCACAAAUCUGCAUGUACUGACCACGAAGGCAGUAAUAUUUGCAAGAGAAUGAAAUGUGUGAUUUGGUUUAUCUAAUGUGGAUUAAGUAAACAUGCACCUGAAAAACAGGAUGAUGCCAUGGAUAAUUUGUGUUUCAAGGAUUAUUUUGUCAACAUAUAACAAAUCCUAUAUCAGUUUGCUGUGUGCAGCAGGUUAUGGAGCUUAAGAGUUAAUUGUGUUUGACUUAGUGUAAUGUUUGAGCUGAGGUUUUCUCCCAACUAAUUAGUUGGAAACCAAAGCUCUUGUCCUCCAUUCCAACCAUGAACUUCAUUCCCUUGCACUUCCCUGUUGGAUCUCAAAAACAGACCAAGACUAUUCUCAGUUUCAGUGUCACUUUCGACCCCCAAAUGAGAUUUAGACCAAAUGCACAUCUCAAAGACUACUCAUUUCCACCUGAACUUGCCCCUGCUUCAGCUCAUCUAAAGGUGAAAGCCUCAUCCCUCUGUUCUUUAGCCAUCAACAAUCUAUCAAUUGCACCUUUCAAUAUUCAUGACUGAGGAUCCAGCAUUCUAAGGUAGAGAAUACAAAAGAUUCACAACCCUCUGAUUGAAAAUAUGUAUUUUUUCUCUUAUCUCAUUCCUUAUCCAGAGACCAGGCUUCCAGUUUAAGACUCUUCGCUCAGGGAAAACAUACUUUAAGCAUCUAUCAGGUCACCCCACCAAUCCUUCAAUGAAAGCACCUUGUGUACUUCUAAACUCUGGUGAAUACAUAUCCAUUCAAUGUCUCUUCAUUGGGUAAACAAAUCCCAAAAACCAAUCUAGUGAAUCUACACUGUAUUGGUUGCAAGGCAGUCUGCCCGCCCUUUGGUAUGGAGACCAGAACUGUGCUGCAGGUGUACAAAUACAGCAUGACUUCCUUUCUCUUGUACUCCAACCCACUUGCAAUAAAAGCCAAUAUACCAUAUGCCACCUUAAUUGCUGGCUGUACAAGAAUUCCUAGAUUCAUUUGUACCUCAAUGUUUAUUCAUUUCUCCCCAUUAAAAUAAAUAUGCUGCUCUUCUAUUCUUCCUACCAGAGUGGAUAAUUAAAUGUUUCUUCAUUUUAUACUCUAUCUGCCACCUUCUUACUAACUUGCUUAAUCUGUCUUUAUCCAUUUUACAGUCUUUGGAUUUGUAUCACUUAAAGGUACUGUGUAAAUGCAAAUUGUUUCAACAGUUAAGGAAAACAAUAGCAAACUUCCAUAAAUUUUAAACAUCUCCAGCUUGAUUGUAAUGGUUGCCAAUUAGUUCAGGAAAUUAGUUUACAAAUGUCACUCCCUUACGUGAAACAAAAGGGAGAAAUGCGUUUUUCUAAAAAAAAUUAGACAAGUUGACAUGUUUGAGCUUCUGCCUAUAAUUGUAUGCAGAAGUCCUACAUAUGGUAAAUAAAUGAUUUCACAAGACACUGAAACCAGACAUAUUGACAAUAAUUUAGUUAAUUUUGAAAGGAUAAUUGUACCAAAUAGCAACAUGUGUGCAUGUGGGUGCGUCCAUGUCUUGCUCAUCUUGCAACCCAUUAUCCUGUACUCUUCGUGCACACAAGUUGUUGACUGGUUCUGGCAGACAAGGUAUGAUGUAUUGAAAAAUCCCUGUCAUGUUUCUUUUCAAAUCAAAUUGUCAUUUAUAAUUUUAAUGUAUAUGUUUGAACUUCACUGUAAAAGUAUGAGCAUUAUCAAAAUGAGUUAUCAGAGGUGCAUCUUUAUUUACAUGGCCAUCUGGAGUGGGGCACAUUAAUUCCUCUGUUACGAAUGCCACAUGUGCUUUAGGUAUUUUACACAAGUCUUUGCACCAAAGGGGCUGUUUGAAUAUUGGUAAAACCUGAAGAAUGCCUUGUGUAUCAGUCAAAUGGCCUAGCUUUCUUUGGAAAACAUAUUAGGUUAUUCUGAUGUAGUGAACAGCAUUUGAUUCUGGGGUGGUUGGAAUGGAGCUCCUUUCUACCUGAUAACUGGGCAACCAAUACAAAAUCUCAGCAGAGAAGGUGCUGUUGAAUUCAAAUGACAUUUGGUAGAGAUGUAAUAUGAUUAUCAAGCCAAAUCUGUGCCAUCAAUGUGAAAAUCGUAAUGUAACCAGAAAUUUCAUUUUCUAGGAGCAUUGCUGCCUCAUAGCUUGAGUUAUCCAGGUCUGAUCUUGACCUCUGGUGCUGUCUGUGUGAAGUUUGCACUUUUUCCCUGUGAUCACAUAGCUUUCCACUGAGUGCUUCCAUUUCACCACAACCACCCGCCCCUGUCCCCGUCCCAAAGAUAUGCUGCUAGUUUAAUUGGCUAUUAAAUCAUACUUAGUGUAGGUAGGUGGAAGGAGGGAAUUGAUGGGUAUAUAAGAGAAUUCAGGUUACAGGGAGAUAAGUGGGGGCAUGGGGCUGAUUGGUAUUCUCUGAGAGCUGGCAUUGACCAGAUGGACCAAAUGGCCUCCUCAGUUGUAACGAAAUAUGAGGAAUUUUAGAAAUUUGUAUCCAGUCUGCUUAGCUUUUUCUUGUAGCUCUUUUAGUUAAGCCUCUACAUUAAUAGUACAUGUAGUGAACGCUCUGUUUUUAAACAAUACUAGCAGGUGCUCAGGAUCAUUUCAUUAAGGAGGACACUGGGUAAGUUUGACUUUAUGCAAUAGUAAAAGACAAUGGAGAUAAUCAGGACAUAUGUAAAGCAGGCUGCUUAGUCAGAAAGAUCUUUUUUUAAAUGUCACAAAAACAAAAUGGUCCCCCAUUGAGUGGAGAUCAUGCACAACUGAUUAAUCAGCUGCUUAAAGUGCUUGCAAGUCCUGAAGAGAACUAUGGCACACCUUAGCACACAUUGGAAAUAAUAUCUGCUGAGCAGACAAUUGAAGAGAUCCUCCAGGCUAUUGAUUAUUUAGGCUACUAGCCAUAUUGAACAUGAGCUGAAUUAUUUCAUUCUGAUAUGCUUUAGCUUUUCAACUUAGUACACAUAUUAAAGGAUAUAUUGCAGUUUAUUUUGCAAGCACUUCUCAUGCCACUACAGACUCAAAAGAACUCAAUAAAUCUCCAUUCAAGCACCAGAAUUAAAAAAAUUAUAGGAAUGAAACAAGUUAAAAUUCUGUGUGGAGCAAGAUGGUUCAUGCACUACUUCAAGUGUGGAUGAGUCACCUGUGGAAUGCAACACAUCAGGAUUGUGAGAGUUGAGGCCCGUAAUUUGCAGGAGUCUCCCUUUUAGCUUUGAAUUUAGCUUUGAAUGAUUUUAUCCCACAGAAUAUUUAAUCACAUCUCUUCUGAAAGUUUUCAGCCUUCAUUUAUACUUGGAAGUUAGUUCUCCACAUUUUGAGUCUUUAAGAAUGUACAUUGUCAUUAUUUGAAACAUCUGUAUAUUUGCACAUUCAAAUAUUUAUAUGAAGCCAUUGAACAGCUAUUGUUUCAUUGAGAUUGACAGAGAAAAGAUUUGUACAUUUGAGUGUAUAAUCACAGGUAUUUAUCCUGUUAUUUUUUGGGGGUUAAACAAUAACUGAUUUGCUGAGGGGGAAGUUCUCCACAGCCCUGAAAUUGGCAAUCAUCUGCACCCUGGAUCAUACCGUUUCUUCAUCUGUGAUAAAGGACAGAGUCUUCUGCUAGUAGGCUGGCUCCCAGCUCAUUGGAAUGGCCCAAGGCUUGUAAGGGCCUCUCCCAGUGCAAGCAACCAGCUGCACUGACAGAACUGUUUUAACAGCCCUAACCAUGGGGUGACCAGCUGUCAAAGCUGUUGUCUAAGUUGGAUGUUCCUGAAUGUGUUUGAUGUUCACUGACAUUCACAACCAUUGAGGACCUAUUUUAAAGAAAUAAACAGUUAAAAUUAUUGGAAGUUAAAAGACCACAUGCACAGGCGUACACUAUAAACAUUUAAAAACAUCGAAGCUAAUUAAACAAAAUACAGACUUUUACUUGCCUUUCUCCUAUUAUCAGAUUUCUCCUGUUCAUUUCCAUGAACCUGCUGUCCUUGCAGCAGUUUUCCCAGCCCUAGACUCUACCAGCAGAGCACAGGUAUUCAGUGGCCAGCUGCUGCUGAGUACAGGGUGCAGGAUAAAGCUGAUUAUGGGCGUAUCCAUCAGUCGAUCUUGCAGAAGAUUUGUCCCAAUUGCAAAUGAGCUGUGUGUGUCAUGUAUACCAACAUUAAUAAGCCUAAAUGACUAUAUUGAUCAUUUGUUACAGUACCCCUUUCAACAGUGUUAUAGCUGUUUCCAUCUAUUGAAACUAUUACCCUUUAGUUGUUCUUGUAUGUUCCAACUGACCCCUGUUCUCGAUCCAAAAUAGAUCACUCAAAAUAGAAGCUAAUUGUUAAACUUAAGUGUUAGUAUUCAUUGUAAGCAACUGGAUUUCUACUGGAUUCUAUUCUAGAUAGUAAAAAGACUUUCUAGCUCAGCACUGCCUCCCACAUUGUUCCCAUCCUCCCAGUGAGGAGUGACGAGUUGAAGAAGGCGCUGACAGCCAGAGCAUGAUGAAUCAAUUAAUCUCUAUUUAAGUCUCAACCCACCAGUGCAUUGUUGGUUUUAUAAGCUUAUAAAAUUGAGCUUCAAGCCAACUUAAUAUCUCCUUACUGUAAAAUAUUGGGUAUUAUAACAGAGGAAACAUACCAAGAUGCAAAUCAUUUUCCUUUUUGCACCUAUUAAAGUUUUUGUGUAAAAGAAUACAAGCUUUAAAUAGAGAGGCUUCUUGCAUGAACACACAGCUUAUUGCAAUACUCCCUUGCAACAAUGAAACCAUUAUGAUUAUUUAAUAAUGGCUUGCAAUUUCCUCUGUAUUUCCGCCCACAGGCGCACAAUUGGGCACAAUUACAAGUUACUUUGGGCAUGAGGCAUAAGCACAAUAAAUCAGUAUGCCUGAAACAUUUUUUUUUGUUGUCCAAUUAAUUCCCAGACUGAAUAUAUCUCUAUCUCUAAUAGUGACCAAAUUGCAGAGCCUUUGGUCAUUAUUGGUGAGUUUUUUGUAAUUGUGAGUGUUUAGGGGAAGUCUUCAAAUUAUGAGUGGGAUUUCUGAUGCGGCAGAAGUCCAUUUUUCUUUUGUGAUUGUUAGGGAUUCAGGAAUUAUAUAAUUAUGUGAAUAUAGCAGGCAUUAAUUCAAACGAGCACCAGGUCUUCAGUUCUUAAUUUAAAUUGCAAGCAGUAAUCAGUUUCAAAUUAAAAGGACAGAUUUGUAAACAAACAGUAUUUUCUCUACAGAGAACUAACCCACAGCAGGAGGCUGGCUGCUCAAGAGAUAUGGUUUGCAAACUGACAUGACCAUGAGACCUUCACAUCAGCCAAAUUGCACACCAGCCAAAUGCAAGGUGAUGGGGGUAUGUUCAUUGUCUGCAUCAAACCAGGCAUCAGACACCUUCAGCUCAGUUAUUUUGCAUCAUUGUGCUAGAGAUCAGGGAAGCUUCCUGACUAGCACAUCAAACCUGGUCAUAGGCAUAUUUGCUCUGUCUAUCAAUAAUUGGGAUAUUUGGGUAUCCAGAGAGUACACAACAGUAAUCUUGGAUGUCUGGGUUCUCUGUCCUCAGAAGGCUUUAGACCAUCCACGUAAAUUACUUUGUCCCAGCAAAGGUGUUUAAACAUUCAGAGGUGUCUUGUCAGUUACAAUGUGCUCCCAUUCUAAAUACGUAAUUCAAUGGAACCAUGAGUCAGACUCAAAAUAUUGAAGUAAAUGAUGUAAUUGUAGCUAUUGAAAUUGUGUUGAAUCACCUGCUGUUAUCUUUGUUUCUUUAGAGUAUAAAAACUCAAUAUACUUUGUUUGAGUACAGGAAAUUUUACAGAGAGGAUCUCCAAGAGAAUAUCUGCUUGUCAUGAUGAAUAAAGACCUUUUAUAAUAACCACCUUCAGUCUCUGAGUUACUCGGUUCAGCGGUCGCAACAGUGUGAUCAAUCUCUGAGUUUCUUAAAUCAGUCCUCACAGCGCAGUGUGCUGAAUUUUCUUUUUCUUUUGAAUGCAUUUUUCCAUAGUUUCAUAUGAACAUGGAAAUUAGGAGUAGGGAUGGGUCAUUUUGCCUUUCGGGCCUGCUUCACUAUUCACUACGAUUAUGGCUUAUCGUCCUCUUCAGUGCUCUGUAUCAACAUACAGCCUUCUCCCUAUAUCAAUAUAGCACAUAAAAUAGCUCUGGCAGUAAAGAUUUGUCCCCUGUUUGCCAAUCCAAAUGGCAUCAAAUUUCAGAAGAAAAGCACAAUGUGCAUCUGCUUCUAUAUUGUGUGUUCAAUUCAAGCAACACGCAACUCAAAGAUUAAUUUCUACCCCGAUGUGUCUAUUAAAGAGCAACAGAGGCUAAGUUAUUUAAUACUGAACUCCAUAUUUACAUAUAUUUCUGUUAAGCAAAUUUCCAGUGAUUUUCUUCUAUUUGUUGCCACUUCUUUUAUGAUGGCUAUAAACUUGUAAGCUUGGCAGGAAAUUAAAGGACAAUUUGACUUAGGCUAAAUAGGCAUGCAAAAAGACAUGAUUUUGUUGUACCACAACAGGAAAUUUCCAGCCUAAUAUGCCCUAUUACUAUUUAAAAACUACAUCUACAAUAGAUCCACAGAUUCCAUGUGUUCUUUAUGGAUAGAUGAAUCUGUUCAAUUGUAAUCUAUCUCAAUGAUAAAAAAAGGUUUGGUGCUAAGAAUUGUGUUGUUACGUUCUUGUCACGUUCUUGUCACUGAAGCUCUGUAACUAUCACAGUCCUACUUAAACUAGAAUGUUGGAAACAUUUUAUUCCUGCAUUAAAUAAUAAAGUUAAUUUGUGUUUGUGUCCUACUGAUGUUUACGUAGUUCCUUGUUCUAAAUGUCGAAUUCAAGGGUUUACAUUGCUUGUGGUCUUUCUGUUGUUUUCAAAUUAUGUAAUGUGAUUAUGAAAAUAUUGGCACUGUCCUUAUGUAACAUGUACUGUUGAA